AUGGCCAUGGAUAUGGAUAUGGGCUUCUUGCCCACUAUUAAAUGCUCCAGUUGUGGGAACAAUGUUGAGAUCUUCGCGAUGGGAGACCAUGUGUGUGCCCCGGUCUUUCAUGCCCCUAUUGCACCCCCAUCACCGCCCCCGUCCGCGGGGUUCGAUUCCGCAGACCGACUGACGGCUGCGAUGGCUGUCAAACCCGGUCGGUCUGGGGCUCCGCCACGGAUUGAUCCGUCGAUCGCAAAUCGUGCAUUCCUUCAACCGAACAUACCGACGCCAGCGAGCAGCAUUGGGCAAGCACCGUCGCCGCUUUCAGUGUCAGCGCCUCGCUCACCCUUUCAACCAUCCCCUCGUGAGCAAGUAUCACCGGACGAUGAAUCUGUGAUUAAUCUAGACUCGGUGUUUUCAUUUCCCAUGCCGGGAAACCGGGCGCCGACUCGUAUAUCGACACCGGGGUUGUUAGGUGAAGCGCCAUCCCGAUCUAUGACAACCCCAUCUCCACGACCAGGGCUCGGGCUGGAUCUGGUACCGGAGAACAUACAACUUCCACCGAGCCCCCUUCCACCAGCUCCUGAGACCAUGGACGUGAGUCACCAACGGGGGGAUUCUCUAGCUAGCCAUAGCAGCUACCGCACCUCUUUGGCAAGCACUCGUUAUGGCAGUUCGACAGCAAGAUCCUCAACGAAUAGCUUCUCACGGGGGUUUCGCACUUUUAUAGAUGAUACGCCGCCGCUGCCACCUGCACCACUCCGCACACCUAAAAAGUCCUCCUUCUCGCAAGAUUUGCAUUUGUCGUUACGUUCAUCAAAUCGGAGUGACCGACCUGGGGAAAGUUAUAGUGGAUUUGAUUUCGACCUUCCGGCAGGGUCUACGGCCUUGCACGAUCUCCCUGAGGGGCGGUCUCCCACGGAUUUGUUCAAAGGCGACCCCGAUCACCUCUUAAGCAUACCCCCGCAGAACCAUUUACAUCCUGCGGCUGCCGAGUCAGCAUACGAUGAGCCAAGAAAGAAUUCCGACGCAAGCGAGAGCAAUAUGUCUAUCACAAGCUUUGCACGAGCUCUGGGUUUAGACGAACAUAUGCCCGAAGCAGAGAGCUCUGUAUCAUCCGACUCGCGAUCAGAGACCCGCAGUGGAAGCUCCAUGUCUAGCCUUCCAUCCGAUGUCAGUGUCAACCGAUAUAAGCCUGCUGACCCUCUCAAUCUGGGACCCUUGGUUGAGGAGUUACCCGUACGAACGCGACAGACUAUCUUGGAAGUACCAGGUCGCAUGCGUAGCCCGAUGGAUGAUGUUCCCACCAUUCCCGCUGCGUUCUUUAGUCCAGAUUCCCCGACUGAUCCAGCUAUUCACCAUGGCAGUUUAUCAUUGAUUGCGGAGAGACGAGAGAAUCAAAUCCCAAAGUCAACACCCCAGGAAGCCCAAGCAUCCCGCAAUUUUGAGGAGCCUAAAGAACCUGAACCUGAAGUACCUCUCUCACCUAAGCCGGUGCAGCGGUCGGCGACGGCACCUAUUCCCCGACCCUCAACUCGAUCUACAACGAGGAGCAAGGGCCUAUGUAAAGGCUGUGGCGAGGAGAUCACAGGAAAGUCAAUCUCUUCGUCAGACGGUCGUUUGACAGGGCGAUACCACCGUGGCUGUUUUGUUUGCUUUGAAUGCUCCUCGCCUUUCCCAUCAGCCGAUUUCUACGUUCUGAACAACCGCCCGUAUUGCGCACAACACUACCACGAGCGUAACGGAUCUUUAUGCUCUACUUGCCAUUGCGGAAUCGAGGGUCAAUAUCUGGAAACUGUCGAGCGGAACCAGAAUCGACCCGAGCGCCGUCGCUUCCACCCCGACUGCUUGCAGUGUCGUGCGUGUCAUGUGCUCCUGAAAGGCGAUUACUUUGAGUGGAACGGAGGCGUAUACUGCGAACGAGAUGCCCGGCGCGCAGCAGCAACCUACUACCCACCAUCGCCCGGUCUUCGACGACCUACGAUCGGCUCCUCACCCCUGGCUCAAUCUGCUAGAUAUCCUCCCCCAAGCAGCUACCCGCAUCCUCAACAAAACCAGGGUCUUCGCCCCGGCCCGCGCUUCCCCCCUGGUGGUGCUGGACGCUUCCCUGAGCGAAGGACUACCAAGCUUAUGAUGUUUUAA